AUGGCGCAGCAGUUGUCCUCCGUGAACGUCACCAUCCUCGGGAGCGCCUCCGCACAGCCGUCGUCUACCCGGAACCACUCUGCCCUCGCCCUGCGGCUGAACGGAGAUGUCUGGCUGUUCGACUGCGGUGAGGCUACUCAACACCAGAUCCAGAAGAGCUCAGUGAAGAUGGGCCGCAUUCAGAAAAUCUUCAUCACGCAUACACACGGAGACCACAUAUUCGGUCUUUUGCCUCUCCUCGCAAGCCGUCUGAACGGCGCGGGGGGCACAGCAGAUGGUGUAGAGGAUCCUCGGGCUAAUGUGAACACGGACGAGCAUCUCCCGCCCCUGGAGAUCUACGGCCCUCUUGGCACACGCGCAUAUGUCCGCAACGGCCUCACGUACACGCACACGCUCCUCGGAGCACCUUACGUCGUGCACGAGCUGCGCUUCCCGUCUGAUCCUCCUUCGAGCGAUCACACCUCCAUGGCGCCGUACAUGUCUGAGCUCAGCGGGCAGAAUUUCUCACAAGUCGACGGCGUGUGGCCUGAAAUUUACAUGGACGCACAAGUAACUGUCUCCGCCGCGCCGAUCUUGCACUCCGUGCCCUGCGUAGGGUAUGUCGUGACAGAGCUGCCUGUGCCCGGGAAGAUGGAUCCGAAAAAGUACAUACCUGAGCUCAAGCGCACGAAGACGCCAAUGUCGGUUAUGAGCCGCCUGCAGCAAGGGGAGAGCGUUCAGCUCUCCGACGGUACCGUGUUGCACGGGCCUCCACGACGGCCUGGUCGCAAGCUGGUCAUCCUCGGCGACACCUACGAUCCGUCACCUAUCGCGGACUUAGCUCUCAAUACAGACCUUUUGAUUCACGAGGCAACCAAUGCGCAUCUGCCAGGAAUUGAUUCUAACACAAAGGAAGGAGAUACGUACGAGAGCGUUGAAGCACGCGCCAAGUCCCGAGGGCACUCUACGCCGCAGAUGGCAGGGGCAUUUGCGACACGUAUACAUGCGAAGAAGCUGGCACUCAACCAUUUCUCGGCACGAUACCCGGGGAAUGACGACGUAGAUGGGGGUGCGAGAAAAGUGAUGGAGGCCAUUGGCAAACUAGCCGAAAGUGAAUUCCAGGGAGAAGUGGUUCGCUGCAGAGACCUGAUGACCUUCGACGUAGAGCCACGAAGAUAA